AUGAUGAAAAACGAUCAAUGGGGAUUAAAUCGACACCCACCUAUAGCAGGUCAGUCAUCACAAACCACUUUUCCUUCCUUACCUUCGGACCAACAAGUAGAAGAGAUAAGUGCCACUAUUAGAUAUGCCAAACAAAAACCGAAGAAUGACAUAAUAGGAAGGGAACAAUAUAGUGGGCCCAUCCCUCGAAUUCGAUCUCGAAUGAGAGGAGACACACAGACUUUACAAAAAGGAAGAAAUUUCGAUACUUUUGGAGAAAAUGCCUUAGAAACGAUUUAUGAUGAAUUCCGAUUUCUGGACGAACCAGAAGCGCCUUCUCCUUCUUCUACGAGUCGAUUGAAUGUGUUCAGUGAAAUCCCAACACAACAAAUACCGCAACAAUCCGAGGAUGAAAAACAUCAUACGAAAUCUGACCGGAAAAUGUCCCUCCGUUACUUAGCUUUUGCACUCUUAGCUUUAAUACAGCUGGCUUGUGCUAUUACGUUUUUCGUUCUCGCCUAUCUGCGUACUUACCAAUUUUCCAUCGAUGAAAACUGGGAGACAGGUGAUUCGGAAUUCCUAGAGUUGGAUCAGAGCUUGGUUAUUAAGAGAGAAGGAAUCGAUCUUGUUCGUUUCAAAUCUGCAUUGUCCCUGUACAUACCAGCACUUCUGCAGUUCCUAUCUGCCAUUUUCUCUUUCUGGCCGUUUGUUGGUCGUUAUCGUACUUCUUUUCAAGUGCUGCAUAUAACUUUCUCUUUGAUUUCGAUAAUAGUGUGGUUCAGUGCCGUAGAAGUCGUAUGCUAUGAGUUGAACUCUAACUACUCUCAAUUAGAUUCUACUAACACUGCGAAAAGCAAUUUUUAUAUUCUGUGUUUGGUUUUACUGGGUCUCGGUUUCUUUGCUACGAUAAUUCUUCCAUCGUUGACAUUAGUCUUCACUUGCCGUUUACUUGUUCCUAGUCGCCGGCACUCGAAGAAUCUUGCGAAUACCGUCUUAGCAGUUGGGACAGCCUUAAUCUCUGCAACAGCCCUUUUCUUCGCCGCAUUCUCUACUUCUCGUUCUCUUCAUUUGACUUCCACCCAAUCAUCGCUCAUGUAUGGCAUAGGAUUACGUGAAGUGAUUAUUUCUACACACGUUGUUUUUUGUUCUUUGCUUUACUUCUUCGCCUCUCUGUAUAGGGAUUUAGGUCUUUCGAUAUCGUCUAGUUUACUUCAAAUGACAAACAUUAUAAGUCUAGGAUGUUACAUCUUCAAUUCAACUCGCUUGCUUUCUGUCAUUUAUGACAUUAUCCUGUUAUCGAAGUCCAAGAUUCAGCCAAACAAUUUGCAGAUAGCAUAUCCUAGCAUUUUGUUGUUGUACACGUUUCUCUUUGUUUUACUAUUGUUAUUGAUUGCUCAAUUGGUGAUGACGGUCAUCUCAAUCAACGAUAUUCUUCGGAAUGAUGACCAUCGUAGGCUUCUUCAUUCUUCUCAACUUACAACGACCACCAAUACUAAUUGCUCUCAAAUUCGAACUACUUUUUGA